GGCUGAAUCUAGAAAUACUAUCCUUUUGAAGAUCAGUGCAGCAUAUAAUUUUGUUGUUGUUGUAAAUUGUGAAUGUGUUACUUUCAGAUUUAGAAUUGUCAAUGUCAGAUAUACAUGUAUGCAUUAAAAAACUGUUGCAUCAUCAUUUUUGUUAGGCAAGGUUAACAUACACCUCUUAAGUCUUGAGUCAAGACUAACUGUGUCUGCCAUGUACAGUAGGUGUUUGUUUUUAAAACUACAUUAGUAAGCAAUAAUUAAUUGGUGUACCGGUAGAUCAGCAACAGUUGAGUAAUAUGGUCACUGACUUGACCCGAUGUAAGUCCACUUGCAAGAGUUUCAUAACUCGAAAGCAGUCGCCUUUGCCUGAUUGCUAGUCAUCACUUAUCAAUUCUUUUUGAAAGCUUCAGCCCUCUUUGAGACUUUGAGAAUCUCUCACCUUUGCCUGAUUGCUAGUCAUCACUUUGGGUCAUCACUCAUCAAUUCUUUUUGAAAGCUUCAGCCCUCUUUGAGACUUUGAGAAUCUCUCAUCUGUGCAUACUGCAGUUCUUUCCUGCAUGUGGUUGCUACAGUGUACCAGUUGGCUUCAUCAAACCGAAUCAUUUGACUCAUUGUUCAGACUUGAGUUUGCUUAUUGAGCUCAUACGUACAUUGUAUACCUUGCUGAUUAGUGAUACAACAGUUUUGCACUCCAAAAUGGGAAGAAAAAUGGGUUUAAAACUCAAGAGUAGAGAAGGCAAGAAGGUCCAAAUAUUGAGCAGUUCAAAGGUUGAACUUGAAUGCAAUGAUCUCUGCAAUAAUAAUAAUGGACCUGGCGCAAUGGACAUGCAGCAAUUGGAAGAAGUUUAUAAGACUUGGGAGAAGAAGAUGCCUUCCACCUUGCCUCCCCCUCCUCCUGCUAGGAGACCAAGAGACAGAGGCAACAACGAGUGUCAGCCUCAGAGAAGAAAAAGAAGGGGACGAACUACAUCUUUGCCAGCAUUGGACUUGGUACCAGAGCUUGCCCAGUUCAAGAUGUCCCCUCCACCCCAGACCGUGGAUGGCUCAUCAGAUAUCAAGCGUCCAUUCAUUGGCCGGUGCUGUACACAGUGCACACAACUCAGCAGGGAAAUGUUCUACACUGAUGACAUACCUCAUAUGGGUCUGAGGAACAUCCUAAAAAUGUCGACCCCUCCCAGAGCUGGUGUGCUGUUCAGAUACUUUCCACACGUUGACCAUGCCUUGUUCAGAGCAGUCAACCAUUCCUACCCCUCUGUACCAGAUGUCUCACAAAGAGUGUUGGAGAACCAAAGAGUUCAGCUUGCUGUUCAUAAAAGUGCAAUGUCAGAUAGUGAAGGUCGUAUAGACUCGGAGAACGAGUACCAGAGGUCAGCGGAAAGACACAGAAGGAGAGCGAUGAAUGUCCUGAGACAUAUGGCAGCAACGAUAUCAAAUUCACUCAUCAGGCUUACAGGGUGGUUGCUCCUGAAGAUCUUAGGACUGUUCUUGAUCGGUGUACAGGUUCAUGAGGGUCAGCUCAACAUGGUCAGACAAGCAGCAGAGAGUGGAGUUCCUGUCAUCAUAGUCCCUCUCCAUCGGAGUCAUCUAGACUACAUCCUUCUAUCCUUCAUCUUUCAUCUCACUGGUAUCAAGCUUCCAUUCGUUGCCGCUGGAGACAACCUCAACUUACCGGUCUUUGGGUCGUGCCUGAGAAGACUUGGGGCGUUUUUCAUCAAGAGAAAACUAGACAAAGAGAUAGGCAAGAAAGAUUGGGUGUACAGGUCUACAUUACAUACAUAUAUGGAAGAGAUACUGAGGGAUGGUCAGAACAUGGAGUUCUUCAUUGAGGGAGGAAGGUCGAGAAGUGGCAAAGCACUUGCACCAAAGGGAGGACUCCUCUCAUGUGUUGUAGAUGCCUACAGGGAUGACAUCAUCCCUGAUGCGUACAUCAUUCCCGCCUCCUUCAGUUAUGAGAAGAUAUUGGACGGUAGCUUCAGCAAGGAGCAGAUGGGGAUGCCAAAGAAGAAAGAAACAUUCUUCAAUGCAGUAUCAGGAAUCUGGACUGUUUUAUCCAGUGGCUUUGGGAAUGUCAGAGUGGACUUUGCUCAGCCUUUCUCAUUAAAGGAAUACCUUGGCUCACCACCCCUUCCCACAGCUCUCAACAGCGACCUUUCAAGGGUCACACCAAAGAGCAAACCUAGGCUGCAGAAGGCCGUUAGUGACCAUUCUCUCUAUGGGACCGAUGUGGUGAUUGAGGAUCAGAGACAACUCAUCAGGGGUCUGGGAGAGCAUAUCGUUUAUGAUUCAGUGAAUGUGAACACAGCGAUGAGUACCAACUUAGUGGCCUUCCUCCUACUCACAAAAUUCAGACAGGGCGUGGAGAUGUCACAACUGGUCAUGGCGGUCGACAACCUGAGGCGCGAUGUCCUGGUCCGAGGCCGGGACGUCGGCUUCACCGGAGUGACCGCUGACGUGGUCAAGCACACCUUCAAGCUACUCGGACCGAACCUGAUCGCAAGGCACCGGACCCGAAGCCAACCAGACAUCGUCCCGACGGCGGAAGGGAACCAGAGGACGCAGGAGGUCAGGGAGAUGGUGGUACCUAACACAGGGCUCCCUCAUGUCUUUGAGCUGUCGUACUAUGCAUCCAGUUUGGUGUCCGUAUUUCUUAUGGAGUCUAUCGUAGCCUCCUCUCUGAUCGCCCUUUGCAAUGAAGACAUGCUGGUGAUCGACAGCUCCAGAAAGAACACCAUCGUCCUCGCCCGCUCCAGACUACUACGCAAGGCAGAGGAACUCUGUGACAUGCUACAGUUCGAGUUCACCUUCGUACCGCCUUGUGGAAACAUUGCACAUGCAAUCUCAGAAGCCAUUGAUAAACUUGUCAUUCAUGAGGUAGUGAAACUGCAGCAAGCUCCAGACCCUCAGAAGUGGGCGAGGCACAUUGGUGUAUCAUCCUCAUGGGACAGUGAAGGCAGUGAUGAAGAGGACAUGCCAUUCGUAGACCAGAAGAUUGAGAUGAACACCAACCAAGAUUCCUUGCUAAGACUCUACUUCCUCCAGAGCAUACUAGCCCCACUUAUCGAAGGCUACUGGCUGUCGGCCUGCAACCUCAUUCGUCUGCUAGAGAUUGACGUCCCAGAAGUGGACUUCUCCAAGGUUGUCAACGAGUACUCCAAGGAUCGAGUCGCAAAGGGUCUUGCCAUCUAUGCGGAGUGCUGUGCCAUGGACACCCUGCGUAACUCCUGGCGUCUCUUCAACCACUGGAAGGUGAUCGACUGCUACCUGGACUCGGACAAGAAGAGGAUGGUGCAUCUCAACGAACCCUUCAGGAGUGAGGAGAAACUGGGUGUGUUCAUCGAUAGGAUAGAGGCUUUCAGGAGUUAAGCUGACUUCAGAAGCGUGAACCUUCAAAAGCGAAUUUUCAGAAGUGAACCUUCAGAAGUGAACCUGUAGAAUCGAGCCUUCAGAAUUGUGUUCAUGGAUAGGAGUGAGGUCUUAAGGAGUUCAACAGACUGUCUUGAUGAACAUUUCUGUAGGUGGGAAAAGUUAUUUGUUAAUUAACAGGAUAGAAGCAUUCAGAUAUAAGCAGAAUGUCUUGUUUACACUUUAACGUUUCUUGAGUCAGGAGAAGGUAGAUGCAUUCGGAUGUUAAAGCAAGACCGUCUGAACAGACCCUUUAAACGUGAAGAGAAGCUGGAUGUGUUCAGAUAAAGCAUUCAGGAGUAAACAAGCUUUUCAAGAGACUAACAGAUAAAAUUUAAAGUUUACUUGACAGUGCUUGUGGUAACUAGUAUGAAGAAUUGGUUUACAUAGGCACCAUGAAUUGAAUGAGAUGUUAAUUGUUGAAAUCCUUUUUGUUGUGCCUUGACUGCACUGGGCAGUGUUGCUUCUAUUCUUGGAAAGAGAAUAUCCUCAUGUUUUGGAUUUAAUGAGAGGAUGAAAGAUAGGUAUAUUUUACCAUGAACACAGAGUCGUGGUCUUUUGUUGAGAGGAAAGAUUGUGGAAGGUGUACAGAUAAGCUGCAGAGUGUAUAUGUGAAUUUACUUAGGUGAGUUAGAUGAUGUGUAGUGGUCCUGGGAGAGAAAGAGAGACUUAAAAAGGAAAUGAUAUUUUGAUCAAGAGUGAUGAUGCCUGACGUUGCAGGAUAUAUGUGUACCGGUAGAUAAAGAGAAAAAAAUUGACACAAAAAUAAAGACGCAAUAGAAUUAUUUCAAUCAGAUACUCACAAGAUUUCAAUGUUGACAAUUGUAAUCUAAGUGCCGAGGUAUUUGUAAAUACAUCCAUGUAAAUUGUUUUGCUAUUGGCAAUUUAACUUAACUUUUAUUUAAAGACAGAAUUUGAAACAUUGUAUAAAGUGUGAUGUUUGGGGCUCCAUGAACAAGCAAGUAUAUUGCAAACUUAUUGGAUUAAUUCAGUUCUUCAAACACUGUGAAUAGCCAGAUUGUGAGGUACUUAGGGAUACAAUUGUAAGCAACUUAACAUACUUGAUUUGAUUUGAUACUUGCCAUGCCCAGUAAAUAUAAGGUUUAUGAAAAUUUAUGUUUAUUCUCUCAAAUUUCUGUAUUCAAGUGUACUAGAUUGUAGGUAAUCACCUGAUUUAAGACUUUUUGAUUUAAUCCAAUGCUGCUUUUGAUCUAGGGGGUAUCUUUAGUUUGUGUGUUCAAAGGGGUGGGAUAUUUGUAAUGGAUAGACAUUUCUGUAUAUUGUAUAUACAUUCAAGAGGCAGCAAAGAUAUAAGAACUUAAUUCAAAGCAAUAUGUAUAUUUUUUUUAAAUGAUCUACAGUUGAGUCUGAAAUGUGUAUGUUGAUUGAAGUGGAAUUAUCAUAUGCCUGUCCUAAGUUGGUCAAGAAACAUUAUUUUUAUAUUUGUUUUACGUUGUGAUACCAAUGAAUUCUUGAAUUUGGAGUCUUUUAAAACUCCAAAAAAAAAUUUCCUCCUGGUAAUGCACAUUGAAAGCUCAUUUCACACAUUUAUGUUUUUGUUUUAAGAGUGAUACCACAUAUCCAGAGUGAUUACUGGUAGUAUUUGUACAUGUACUUGCUAAUGCUUCAAUUAACACACUUAUCUGGUGAAUUACAAAUUAGUUUACCAAGGUAAGAAGUUAAUAUGUAAAGCUUUGUUUAGUAUUUUUCUGUGUUUGUUAUUUAAACAUCAUUGGAUGUAUAAGAAAAAAACACAAACUGAAAAAAGAAGGAGAGAUUUACAGUUAUAUGUUAUACAUUAUACGGUACAUUGUAUUUGUUCAGUUUAUUUUCCACUAAGAAUUUUACAGGGAAAAUCACAUUAUGUUUAGAUAAAGUAAUUAAUGGCAUUUGCUCAGACACGCCUUUGUUUUUGUUUUUGUGUGUGUGUAAUGAUUGUAAUCCUAAUAAUUCUAAUAGCUGAAAAAUAUGUUUGUCAGCUUUAAUCAACUUAAAGUUAAUAGAAAUCCUAGACAUGUAUGUUCAGUCAGUCAGUCACUCCUGAGUGAGUGAGAGAGUGAAUUGAUUUUACAUCCCCAAAUUUUCCAUGUUUGGUAAUGAAAUCCUGUAGAAUACUUGCCUGACUUCCUACUGUGAUUUACUGUAAAACCAGAGUUCUUUCUCAUGCAUGAAGUGUUUGCAAAAUUUGGGAGUGGUUAAGAUUCAAGAAAGUUUGAUGCCACUAAAUGUAUGAUUCGAAAUUGACACAACACAGAGUUUUUGUAAUUUCUGACAGAUUCUUGCCGUAAAUAUCGCCUUAGUUGAGAAAGUUGCUGGUUUUACAGUAUUAUCUAAGAUUAAAAAUAUGCCAGUACAGAAUUAUUGUAAUUACUACUGCAAUGGACUGAGGCAUUUAAUCAUUCUAUACUGAUGUAAUAGAGUAUGCGUGUUUAGACUGUAAAAUAAUGAUGUUUUCCUAACUCAGGUGGAGUAUGUUAUGUAUGAACAGGGUGAAUACAUCAUAGAUUGCUUGCAGUUGUAUUUAUUGUGGUAUGAACAUGUUUCUGUACUCUUUUUUGUUGUUGUUGCCGGCAGCAAUGCCAAAAGAAACUAAACAAAUGAAUGGAACUCAUAUUUUCAAUUUAGUUAUGUUUGUAUUAAUAUUACAAAUAGAUGUUUUCAUGUUUCUCUGUCGGUUGCAGUUUUAUUGUAAUUGUCAUGUUAUAAAUUGUUUUCUAUUCAACCUUUAUAUGACAUAUAUAAAGGUUAUAUGACACUUCCAAGGUACCUCAUCGUUAUAAAUAAUGCUCCUUAAAUUUAGUGUUGCUCUUAAAGACGUUGACGAAUAAAAUUUAAGCAGGAGUCAGCCAUAACGCGUUGAUAAAGAUUUACUUAUGUUUUAUUGAUGAUAUCUUGAUAUCAUAAUGUGUCAUAAAUGGAAUUAAUAGGAAAUUCCAAAGUUUUGAUUCAUGCCUAGUGGAGAACGAGUUAUAUGUAUAAUGUAUUUGCUGAGUGCCAAAAGGGCGCUAUAUCUAUGUUUAAAGAAUGAGUUGAUGCCCUACUGCCUCUGGUUUUCAACAGAUUAAAGAAAAAUGCAAGUAAAGGAAAACUCUCCAUA